AUGGAAGUCGAAAACCCACACGACAAGCGGAAAAAUCCGGUACUCAAGAAGCUCGGGAGACUUCUAACCCGGAAAAAUCAAGACGUGUUUUCAAAGAGCCGAUCGUGGCACAGCCGAACGCCGGUGGAGAACAAACGCCACAAAAAGAUGAAAAACAAUACACCGAGAGGGUGUUUCUCGGUUUACGUGGGGCCCGAUAAGCAGCGGUUUGUGGUGAGGGCCGAGUCGGCCAGCCACCCUCUGUUCAGGAUGCUGCUUGAAGAUGCUGAGCUGGAGUAUGGUUUUGAAAGCGGGGGCCCUUUGCUCAUUCCAUGUGAGGUUGAUCUCUUUUGGAGGAUCUUGGCGGAAAUGGACGGCGGGGAUGGGCCGGGUGAGUAUGAGUGUAGUUUGGGCCAUGGGUGUGGGAGCCCGUUCAGCCCAGCUAGGCGUUUGGGUAAGAGUGAGAUGGGUAGAGGUUGGGGAUCUUAUGGGCUGCUCACGCCGCCCCGCUCGCUUAAGAUUAACAACUUUUAA